GGAUGUAGGAAAUAUUAAGACACACGUAGCAUCACUGCAUUGUAGGCAGAUAGGAUACAGCAGUGAUACUCUCAGCUGAUACGCCACCAAUCUCUCAGACUAUUGAACAGUCAAAGACUGGAGGUAAGAGACAUGGGGGGUGAAGGCACGGGGAGGGGGGGUGAAUGUAAAGAAAAUUCUAGGAGAACAUGUAAGUAACUGAGAAAAGACGGUGAAGAUGACUCACUUUAGAUGUCGCAGACUCCUCCGGUACUCAAGGGGUUAAGUAUGGAAUUAAGGGAAUCAAAGCGGUGCAGGAAGGAGGCGCAGCGCUAGGUAACUGGGAUAAUAUGAUUUACAGGGGUGGUAGAGAGAGAAGCAGGAGAAUGACGAAAUGCAGGGGGGAGAGAAAAUGCUGCGAGGGCUGCACUGCAUUAAGUAGACAGGCUGCAGAGGGGUUCAUUGGGAAAACCGCAACAGGUGGAAGACCGAGACAGGUCUAAGGGGAUUUGUUUACUAAACUCUGAGAAUUUUACCAAAUCACAAAUUUUUGCCUAAAUGAUACCAUUUGGAUUGCAGUGUGCUGCGGUAUGUUUAUUGAAUAACCCCGGUGUGCACAGGUAAUGGACUGCGUGACGCCGUGCAUGUGUGUGUGUGAGCAUGGUGCAAGCUGUGUACGGUGUUUAACUUUGUGUAUAGGGGAUUUUUAGACACACUGGAAAUUUUAGGUCAAAAUCAUUAAAUGUGAACUAUUCUCUGCAUUUCCGAUUUUGCUAUGUUAGCCUAAAAUCAGUGGUCCCCUUGUCCGUAAUUCCCAGUUUGGUGACCAAACCCCGUGCGGGAGUAUUAGGUAGGCCAGCGUGUACGUGUGCAGGGUAUGUGCUGCGUUUUGUGUAUGUUUGAAGCAUGUUGAAGGGAUUGCGAAGCUCAGACACUGUACGCAGAGGAGCUGUUUAUAGAGCACAUGUUAAAACUCACCUGGAAUAUGGGGCGUUAGUAAUAAAUAGGGCGAGAUUCUCAAAGUAGAGCAAUGACAGGAAUAUACCACUGGUUUCUAUGGUGAUUGAUCCAUUUAAAGAAUGCCUCCAAUUGGUUUCCUAAAUAACCACAAAAGAAAAUUUAAAAAAAUACACUAGGGACAUUGUUUAAAUGAGGGCUACCAGACUCGUGAAAGGUCGGAAUGAUAAAUAAUACAGAUCUCAAGAGAACAAAACCCCUAUUUAUUGAUAAUCUAGAUCAAAUAGCCAUUCAAAUUAAACUUUCAAAAACCUUUAGCAAACUACAAAAGAAAAGCCGUUUCCAUAGUACGUAUAUAAAUACUAGUUAUAAGUACAGUAAAUAUUAUACGAAGUACAGUAAGACAAGAAGACAUAACUUGGAGGUGAGGAUACCAGCAGUGAUGUCAGCUUAUAUGCUUUUAAAGAAAUAGUAGUCAAUGCAUGGAACAGUCUCCCAGCAGAGCUGGUGGUGAGUAAUGCUGGAAUAGAUACACUAGUGUCCUAAACAGGGAACACAAUCAAUAAUUAAAUCAGUGGUUUUACACAAGAAAAGGCCUGAUCAGGCAGGUUGGUUAUCUUUUUAAUCUGUCAUCAAAAUCUGGGAUUAUUUGAUCUACUGUAGAAUAUGUAAAACAGGUUUUUGGUUUUUAAUUUACUCACAACUUUAAGGUGUUCUGUGUCAGUCUGUGAGUUACCUAUAUUUUUUCAUAAUUUAUAUUACUUUUUUUUUCGUCCAGUGUCCUGUUUGUUAUAUUAUGCAUUGUGUUAUAUGUUCAUGUAACACGCUGGCUGGCUGUAUUAGUAGAAAGUAAACUAUAGGUGGAAUUCGAUUAGAGUUUUUGUGUUUAGUAAGUAAAAAAGAAGGAUGUAAGUGUGUAUGAAUAAGACAGAAAGCAAGGCACCGUAUCAUGGAAGGAAGGUUGUGUAUAAAUAUCUCCGGCCUAAUCUGUAGGAUAAAGAUUGUACGGACUGCCGGGAGCCUAGCAGUGUACUGUAUUCAGCACAGAAUACGAGCCACGUCCACUUUAUAAUAAAAUGUAAUGAAUUCAUUGUUGGCAGUAUAACUAUACAGUAGAGAACCCAUCAACUGGCAAGAUGGCCAGGGUCCACAAGUCUUCAUACACACUGCAAGAACAGACUAAUAGCAUCGGCAUAAAGGCAAAGAAAAUCAGUGGGCGGGCAGGUUGGGUAUUUCAUAAUAGUCCAAAGCCCACUUAAGGAUCAUACAUCCAUUCCGUUUUCUACAUGCAAAAUUAUAAAUUGUCAUUGAAAUAAAAUCUAUUAGUAGAAUGGGAUAACCAACUUUUAACAAACAAUUUGUUUUUCCUAUCUUUCUUAAACACAUGAUCUUUAUAGUCACACCAGAUCCACGGAGGUGGGGUGGUAUUUGUACUUCCGCAACCCCCUUGUUUCUACACCCAUGACUAACGGAACAAUGCCACCGUCCAAGAAAAUUUGUAAAAAUCCAUUGAUUAUUAAAAAAUUUAAAAAAAAUUGGAAAAAAGAAAGGUUAAAAUGGCACAGUACUUACAAAGAGGCAAAAUUAGUUAGCACAAAAAAAAGCCUAAUGCAUGGUUGGUGAUACCCUGGUUGACAGGAUGAUUGAUGUAUACAUGGUGUCAGUUAAAAAUAAAAAAUGCCCAGGAUGCCCAGGAUUUGAGCCUAUGGUAAGAUUUGAUGACUGUGCUAGUUACACGUGCUGUCACCCGCUCCCGACCGAAAUGUCCUCUCCUUAACUAAAUGUCAUUGAUGUCUGCCACUUCUCGUCCAUAGUCUCUGCCAAGUUUAUAUAAUUCUAUCAAUCUCUUAACUAUAUUCUCUUGGAUGCAUCCCCCCACCCCCCAUCUAUUGUCUAAUUUUUGCUGUUCUGGUUUCUUUCCUGCGUUAUCUCUGUAUCAUUUCACAAUGUCCUCUGCCAUUCCAUUUAAUCACUCUCCCACUAAGGGCUAGCUCAGAAACAAAAUGCUGCCCAAAACCAACUACCACCACACAUACCCGAACUUCUCACACACAAUUCACCAAUCACAAUAAACAUAACAUACACACAGAUACACUCUGAUCCGGACAGACAAAUACACAAAAUUACACGGUGAGGUUUCAGUUAAAUCUUUGCCCCUUUAUGGGCCGUAUUCUAUCUCCAGGUUCUUCCCAUAUCUAUUAAUAUUUUUAUCCAAACCUCUCUUGCUUACUCUGGGUGGAUCUCGGCUGUAAUUGCUUUACAAUCCUCAAUUGAAUUUUUUUUUGCCCUCUCCUCAUCCUUGAACUCUAUCUUUUUCACUAUUACCAGUUACCAUUCCAAAUUCUCACUGUCCCCCGGCCUUCUUACAUGUGCGUUUCUACAGUUCCAAUUACAAUUAUUUAUACAGAGCCAACAUAUUCAGAAGCGUUGUACAAUAGGUAAAACAAGACAAGGAACUAAUUCAAACAUGUUUGACAUACAGGAACAGUAAGUGAAGAGGGCCCUCCCCAAACCCAUACAGCUUCUUCUGUUAUCAAAACCCCUUUAUUCUCCUUGCCUCUUUUCCAUGCUGUCCUCAGUUUUUAUGCACAUAGACACUUUCUGUCAUUUUCUCUGUUCUCACAGGUACAUAGACACACGUUCUCAGUGCCCUCUACAAACACAUCACUAACUCACACUAACACAGGCUGCCCAAACAGCAGUGACUGACUGCGCACUUGCGUUCACAAGCAGAUUCUGAACUCACUAUUAACAUCACAUUCAUAGUGGGUACCCAUGGAUGCAUGCACACUCGUCACCAAGUUCCUCCCACAUCCAUCCAUCCAUCCAUCCAUCUCCAACAGUCAGUACUGAAAGCUGCAUGAUAUUGCAACUCUGUACACAUUGUGAUUUCCCAAUGCACUGUGUCCAGCACUAUAAUAAAGAUUGGGGGGGGGGGGUUACCGGCAUAUAUGUUGCUGAAAGGAUCUGGGGUAUAAACUGUCCUACAUUCAAAGCUUCUGCCCAUAAAGCCCUUCCCUAGGCAAUGCUCAUGAUACCAUUUUAACCAUUCUUCACGCAGAGCGUAAUACCAUUUAUGGGUUGUUUUUUUAAAAAUUUUGUUUAUUUUUAACAAACAGUGGAUUCCGGAAACGUUCCUUAGAAAAUGACGUUUUUCUGUUAUCAGAUUCUAGCACUGUGUGUGAGGGUAACUUCCUCCAAACAAAAAUUCUAAGGAAGAAAGAGUUGAUACAAUGGGGAAAUAAAAAAGAAAAAUUCUAUUUUAAAAAAUUUAACUGAGAUACCCAAAGUGGAGCAAUCACCAUAGAAACCAAUUGCAGCUAUACCCUUUUCACAUUUUUGCACCAAUUUUCGAACAGAAUACUUUGAUAGCUACCCCCUCCUCCCCCAACCCAACAUUCUAAAACAAUCUUACCAUGAUGGGAAGGAUACUUGUGAGCUCACAGUUUCAGCUAGACACACAGAUACUUUAUAUCCAAGAAUAACACGUUUUAUACACGAAACAUUCUCAGUUCAAAUUCAAAACGGAACUUUUAUUGACGGUCAUUAAAAUCCAUAUGCAGCAAAUCACAUUGUCAAAGUAAAGCCAGCGGCAGAAUCGCAUAAAACUUAAUGUGUUUUUCACGCUUAGCAAAGUGCUUACCCAUAAAUAAAACCUACAAAGGCUGAAAUCCAUUAUAUAAAGUACAAAUAGGGGGUGCGACUAUAUUGACCACUUCCGAAAAAUCUCUGGCUCUUGGGAUUAGUCCAAACCAGGGACUAGAAACCAAAUAUCGACAUAAACACUACGGACAAUUGCAAAAUAGUAGGAUUUGUAAUAAUAUCCGGGUUAUAUUAAUUUUCUUACAUUGGAAUUCUGAACUGUUAAUUGAAUGGACCUACGUAGAUUUAAAGGUAUUUUAAUCAAUCAAUGAAUAAAUAUUGAUUUGUUCGCAGGUGCUUAAGCACUACAGUUUUAUGAACUAUAGCCAGGGAUAGGCAACCUUCGGCACUCCAGAUGUUGUGGACUACAUCCCCCAUGUUGCUCUUACACCCAUAAUGCUGGUAAAGCAUCAUGGGAGGUGUAGUCCAAAACAUCUGGAAUGCCGAAGGUUCCCUAUGCCUGAACUAUACUAAUGUCAGAUUUGUGGACUGAUACCCUAUUCAGAACAGUCUUUAUAAACGCAACAAAAGUUAAAUUAAAAUAUAAGACUUCAUUUGAAAUCCUGGUUUAGUUUUGGAAGAAGUUAAUUUAGAACUUUUACCACAAAGAAUCAUCUACACCCCCUGAUUCCAUAGCGAGACACCCUCAAAUAUCAAAGCAAAAUGUUUUACAGAGUUAUUCGCUAAAGUGAGAAUUCAAAGUGAAUUUCCAAUUUAAGGCCAGAGUAGCCGAACUGGAAAUAAAACUAUAUUCCAAUUUAGCUAUUUUGGCCCUAAAGGGACACUUCAGACACCAAAACAACAUCAUUUAAAGUUAUAUUUAUAUAAUAUUUUACCAGGAAGAUACAUUUAGUUUUCUCUCGUUUUCAAGUAUGUCCUGGGUCCACAAAACAUUGUGUCGCUGAUUGGCGGAGAGUGGUCAACUGAUGCUCUCAUCCAAUUAGUGACUCUCCGUUUUUAAAAUUGGCUUAGAAAAGGUUAUGGCUUGGUGCUAAUCCAGGUCCCAAUGUUUUUCCUCUUCUUUUUAAAUACAAUGAAAGGAUUUUUAGCUAAGGGUUAAUUAAAGUGGAAACUCAGGAAUGAUUUAAAUGGUGUUCAAGGUUAGUAGUUCAAGGUGAGCAGUAAAACUAUCAAAUUAAUCACCCUUUGGGCAUCUUAGAAAACAUCUGAGAAGGCUAACAACAAAAUUGAGUUUCCAGCAGUUUCCCUGUGGAAACUGUCAGAAAUAAUCCCAUUAUUUAAUGAUUCACCAGUUUGAGUUAGAUCUGAAAAACUAAUAAUGGUUGUUUCAAUAUUAUCCAUAAUGAUUAAAACCUAAGUGUUUUUACAAUAUAAUUGUGUUUGUUUACUAACCAGAUUGCCAACAGUUCAUAAAUGUUCAUCAACUGGAGUAAUAAAAUAAUUUUGCAAAUGGGUUUUCAGACAUAUCAUUGCUCCCACCAAGCUUAGUGAACGAGGGUGCAAAUGUUGCCCCCAUAGCAGUGCCACAACUUUGGAGUUAGUAAACCCCAUGAAGGCUGGCUCGUGGUUGGAGAGUGUCAGCUGAGUAUCUCUCGGCCAAUGAGCUAAGCCCUGCAAGGCCAGGAUUAGGUCAGUGCAGGGAGUUUCUGGGAACACAGGAGAAGACAAUCAGCACCUGGCAGACCCCAGGUAAGUUGUCAAAUUGUUGUCCAAUUUUUUUCAUUACUGAUCAUGACUACUAUAGUGGGCUGUAGUGGUUAUUGUGCUUGGAGUAUUAGCAUUUUUUUUAGCAUAAGCAUUUUUUUGGACUCACAAAUGCAGCUUCAGAAACAAUGAGACAAUUAUUUUAAAAGAUCUCGAUAUAACUUUUUCCAACAUCAUCGCUUCAGGUUGAUCUUUAUAUUGAUAGAAUAUUUUACGUUGUAUCUGCUUAGUUAUUCCAGUCGAGAAUUAUCAUUUUUACUGAUAUCAAGAAUUUAGGCAAUAUUUGGCUCCAGUUUCUCUCUCCAGUUUCAGGUAUGAGUAUUAUGUAUAGUAUUAUGUAACUAUAUUUGCUUGUUUAGUCUCAAAAGAUGUUAAUGGGAUACUAUAGUGCACCUGCCUCUCUCCCGCCUCCCGGUAAAUAAAGAGUUAAAAGCCAUUUAUUUACUUACCUGAUCCGAGUGCCGAUGUCCCUCAGCGCUGGGUUGAAGCUCCUCAUCCGUCCCCUGACGAACAGGUUCUAAUGCACAUGCUCGGCAAAUGCCGUUCGCAGAUUAGACCUCCCCAUAGGAAAGCAUUGGCCCAAUGCUUUCCUAUGAGGAAAAAUCUGAUGCUGGAGGUCCUCAUGUAGAGCGUGAGGAUAUCCAGUGUCAGAUACCAGACCAAAGGUCCAUCUCAAUCCAGGAAGGCCUCUAGUGACUGUCUGCUAGACAGCCACUAGAGGCUGACUUAGACUGUAAUGUAAACAUUGCAGAUUCUCUGGAACAUUGCAGCACUAAGGGCAAUAGGGACACUGCACCUAGACCACUUCAAUGAGCUGAAGUGGUCUGGGGGCCUACAGUGUCCCUUUAAUUUGAAACUUUUAUCCACGAAGCAUCUAUAUCUUCUGAAUCCACAGCUAGACAUCCUUAAAUUUUAGAGCAAAGUCUUACAGAGUAAUUCACUAAACUGAGAAUUCAAAGUGAAUUUCAAACUUAAGGCAAGAGUAGCCAAACUGGAAAUGCAGCUGACUUCCCGUUAAGCUAUUUUGGCCUUAAAGGGACACUAUAGACAUCCAGACUACUUCAUCUCAUGUCCCCUUUUUGAUAAACUGAAAUAAUUACAUUGCAGGGUUAAAACUGCCUCUAGUGGCUAACCAUCAGACAGUCACUAGAGGUCCUUCCUGUUUGCUAGGCAACUUUUGAUCGCCUAAUGCUGGAACGUCCUCACACUCUGUAUGAGGACAUCCAGCAUCGGUAAAAUACCCAUAGGAAAGCACUGAAGCAAUGCUUUCCUAUGUGGAAGGCUUACUGUGCUUGCAGAAGAGCAUGUUCAGUACCAGCCAAGAUUAAAUAUUCCACCUUGCCACUCACCAAAAAGCCAACAUAUUCAUCUGUAUAAGGAGCAUGCUGAAUUUGACCGAUAGCAGUGUCGUGUGAUAAGGCAUUUAAAUUGUACUUUGCUCUAAAAGACAAAAAAAAGGGUAAUAAGGCACUCAGGAGCCAGGCUACUGUAAUAAGAUGUUACAGCAUAAUAAGGCACUCAGGAGCCGGUUUACUGUAAUAAGAUGUUACAGGGUAAUAAGGCACUCAGGAGCCGGGUUACUGUAAUAAGAUGUUACAGGGUAAUAAGGCACUCAGGAGCCGGGUUACUGUAAUAAGAUGUUAUGGGGUAAUAAGGCACUCAGGAGCCGGGUUACUGUAAUAAGAUGUUACAGGGUAAUAAGGCACUCAGGAGCCGGGUUACUGUAAUAAGAUGUUACAGGGUAAUAAGGCACUCAGGAGCUGGGUUACUGUAAUAAGAUGUUACAGGGUAAUAAGGCACUCAGGAGCCGGGCUACUGUAAUAAGAUGUUACAGUGUAAUAAGGCACUCAGGAGCCAGUAACUGUAAUAAGAUGUUACGGGGUAAUAAAGCACUCAGGAGCCGGGUUACUGUAAUAAGAUGUUACAGGGUAAUAAGGCACUCAGGAGCCGGGUUACUGUAAUAAGAUGUUACAGGGUAAUAAGGCGCUCAGGGGCCGGGUUACUGUAAUAAGAUGUUACAGGGUAAUAAGGCACUCAUCAGCCGGGUUACGUAAUAAGAUGUUACAGGGUAAUAAGGCACUCAGGAGCCGGGUUACUGUAAUAAGAUGUUACAGGGUAAUAAGGCACUCAGGAGCCAGGUUACUGUAAUAAGAUGUUACAGGGUAAUAAGGCACUCAGGGGCCGGGUUACUGUAAUAAGAUGUUACAGGGUAAUAAGGCACUCAGGAGCCGGGUUACUGUAAUAAGAUGUUACAGCGUAAUAAGGCACUCAGGAGCCGGGUUACUGUAAUAAGAUGUUACAGGGUAAUAAGGCACUCAGGAGCCGGGUUACUGUAAUAAGAUGUUACAGGGUAAUAAGGCACUCAGGAGCCGGGUUACUGUAAUAAGAUGUUACAGGGUAAUAAGGCGCUCAGGAGCCGGGUUACUGUAAUAAGAUGUUACAGGGUAAUAAGGCGCUCAGGAGCCGGGUUACUGUAAUAAGAUGUUACAGGGUAAUAAGGCGCUCAGGAGCCGGGUUACUGUAAUAAGAUGUUACAGGGUAAUAAGGCGCUCAGGGGCCGGGUUACUGUAAUAAGAUGUUACAGGGUAAUAAGGCGCUCAGGGGCCGGGUUACUGUAAUAAGAUGUUACAGUGUAAUAAGUCGCUCAGGAGCCGGGUUACUGUAAUCAGAUGUUACAGGGUAAUAAGGCGCUCAGGAGCCGGGUUACUGUAAUAAGAUGUUACAGGGUAAUAAGGCACUCAGGAGCCGGGUUACUGUAAUAAGAUGUUACAGGGUAAUAAGGCACUCAGGAGCCGGGUUACUGUAAUAAGAUGUUACAGGGUAAUAAGGCACUCAGGAGCUGGGUUACUGUAAUAAGAUGUUACAGGGUAAUAAGGCACUCAGGAGCCGGGUUACUGUAAUAAGAUGUUACAGGGUAAUAAGGCACUCAGGAGCCGGGUUACUGUAAUAAGAUGUUACAGGGUAAUAAGGCACUCAGGAGCUGGGUUACUGUAAUAAGAUGUUACAGGGGUAAUAAGGCACUCAGGAGCCGGGUUACUGUAAUAAGAUGUUACAGGGUAAUAAGGCACUCAGGAGCCGGGUUACUGUAAUAAGAUGUUACAGGGUAAUAAGGCACUCAGGAGCCGGGUUACUGUAAUAAGAUGUUACAGGGUAAUAAGGCACUCAGGAGCCGGGUUACUGUAAUAUGAUGUUACAGGGUAAUAAGGCACUCAGGAGCCAGGUUACUGUAAUAAGAUGUUACAAGGUAAUAAGGGAUGUUACAGGGGUUAUUAACUUUACAGCACCCUAUGACUUACAUAUAUGUAUAUUUUUUUGAUUUUCCAAUUUGCAGAUCAGCAUGACAGCUCUGAUCUUGUUGCUGCUCGAGUCCCUCCUAGUAUUCUCAUUAUCCACAGCGUCACCAGAGACUUGCCUGUCAAACGGCAAACAAUACAAACUCACUCCCUCUGCAGAGCCUGGACUGUGGAAGUGCCAACAGUAUUCAAAAAGUGAGUGAAAUAAACAAUAUUUUUUUCUCAGCUGGAUGUAGGCCAUGGCCGCAUAGUUUGCCAACCAGACAUGUCAUGCUAAUUCAGUGGUUCCUAAGAGAUAUACGUUAUAAGUUAUAUUCACCAAAGUGAGAAUUCUUGGGGAUUCAGAAUGAAUUCGAAGUCACAUUUAAGGCCAAAGUAGCCGAACUGACUUGGAGAAUUUUUCCAAUUCAGCUAUUUUAUUUUUUUAAUUCCGUUUUAAUCCCCAAGCAAUUCUCCCUUUAGUAAAUAACGAUUGUCCUCCACCGGUUGCCAUGAUGUUUCUAUGAGAAUUGCUUGGGUCAGGUGACUAAUAUUUUUUACUGCCACAUCUCUUCCCAUUGUACAGCACUACAGAAUUUGCUGGCGCUAUUUAUAUAAUAAUAAUAAAAUAAUAAUAAGACUUUAAUUGGGGAGGGAGCAUAAAAAUGAAGGCUUUUGAGGAAAUCUCAUGAUACAUACAAAUGAAUAGAACAUGACACAUACUGGGCAAGAGAUUGGAGACCCAAAUGUCCUUCUUGCCAGGGCCGGACUAAAAUAGGGGAUGUUGAAGCUGCAGCUCCAGGCCCAUGUCUAUGGAAUAGGCCCAUUGAAAAAAAGAAAUAUAUAUAUAUAUAUUUUUUUUUUUUACUGCUCUUCACAUGCUUUUAUUUAGGUUUGGAAACUUAAUAGGGAUCUAGGGGAACAAAACUGGUUUGGACUGGCUGACAAUGAAAUUAGUCAAACCUUUUUCUAGGUUGUACUUAUUCUAACUUAGACCAACACACUCACCAUUCAGUUCAACGGUCCAUCCAUUGUAAAUUAGUGUUAACUUAAAGGAACGCUCAAACCCACUACAGAUUAUUGUAAUAAUACAGAAUCUUGUGGUUGUUUUGUUCAGUAAAUAUUUUGGUGCAGUUCAUCCAGUUUUUGUCAGUUUUCAAGCAGUAAAAUUUUGGCUCUUGUGGCACCCAAAUUCCUGCCCCGAUGCUGUCCCCGUGAUAAUGCAGAAGACUAAUUUUUGCAUUAUCUGCGCACAUCCGCCAAAGUUUGAACAUGAAUGACAGCCUCCACGUGCUUAGGAGAUGUGAAACAAUCGCUGCAGAACAAGAGGCUGUUGGUGCCGGACAGCCCUGGUGUUUGUAUAAUAACCACAAAACUAAUUAAAAAUAAGCAAACAUCUUGCCACAUAAUGCACAAGCACUCACAUUUUAUGUACACCAGCACCCACUGGUUCUUAAAGAUUAGGUUUACGUUGAUCUCUUUACAUCACACUAUGCUAGGCACGGACACUAAGCAGUACAGGGCGCCACCUGCCAUACGACAGCUAUUGCAAUAUUGUAGUUACCGUGCAGCAAACUGAAAAAUUCUUUAACAGCAUUUCCAUCAUUCACACAAGUACUACCACAUCUCAGGUCCCCUACGAUGCAGUACACUUGUCACCUAAUCCUGCUCUAGGUUACCGCAUCCAUACUUUCAAUAUCAUGUUCAUUCUCUCACUCCAUCACACAAUCUACUUCCUCCAAAACGCUCCACCUUAAAUGGACCCUAUAGUCACCAGAACUAUUUUAUUUGUUCUGGUGAGUAUAAUCAGUCACGUCAGGCAUUUUGCAACAAACACUGUCUUUUCAGAUGGCUACAAAAGGUGCUUCCUGUGGCACGCAACUUUCUUUAUAGAGAGGCACUGAUUCAAUGCAUCUCUUGGCAAGGUAGGUGUUUGGCUCCGCCCCCGGUUCACUUCCUUGGCAAUCUCAGCCAAUCCAAUGCUUUCCUAUGGUACAGCAUUGUGAUUGGCUGAGUUCAUCACUUCUGAUGAUGUCAGCCAAGGAGGCAGGUCAGUGCCAGCAGACUGGAAUAAAGAAAAUAUUUUACUAUAUUUAGGGGGCAAAGCAGGGCUAGAUGGUGUUUUUAACACUAAAGGGUCAGGAAUACAUGUUUGUGUUCCUGACCCUACAGUUUUUCUUUAAAACCAAGUCAACCUUUAGUCAUCAGACUUUCCAUGUGUAUCAUCCCGCAAUCUCACCCUCUUUGUUUCUACAUUUUAGAUGCAUGCUGUUCUCCUGAGCACUUACACACCAAUCUCCCCUCUCCAUUCCCCUGGGAUCAGUGUGGUCCUCUUAGCCACAGGUAAGACCCUUUGUACACACGUAGUGGAAGAGAUCAAACAAACACACCCAUCUAACCAAGCUUAUCGCUCUCCCACUCACAGGUGUAAGGCACAAAUAAGCCGAGUGGAGUGCAUGUAUCUGUGCUCCCCGCAUAUUUCUAAAUGGGGGGACCCUGAAUCUGCUUCUGGACUGAAUAAACUGCCUCUGUGCAUCGGAUUCUGCAACCAAUGGUGAGAUCACGGUUUUCAUUUACUAUAGUAGCCAGUAGACUUGUGCAAAAAAAGAGUUUUAGCUGUUAUGAAUGAAUACAAUUCCUAUUUAAUCCGUGAAAAAAACGUGAUCUGUGUGUAAAAAAGGUGCUUAAAAUAACAAUAAGUGAUAACAAAUAAUUAUUAGCUGCUACAACACUUGAAGAAGAUCACUCUAAUCUUAAAGUAACAAUAAAAGAUAGGGAAUUUGAGAGGGUAAUACAAGUAAGGAAAACCCACCACAAAGACCCCUUAGUGGAGCGCUGGUAAAUACUCACCCUUAAAUUAAGGGGUAAAGGGAAACUAUCUCCAAUGGUGAAGUAUGUCUACUAUUUUUAAUCCGUGCCCAACAAAUCAAUCUGUCUGUAGAAUGUCACUCAACAAGGUGUUAAAAGUGGGGCAAUUAUCAUGGAAACCCGAGGAAUAUUCCUGCUGAUUACUCCACACGCCCGAGUCGCUAUUUAUAAAUAACCCCCACCGAAACCUGCGCAGCAAGGAUCUCUCCCUGCCCUGCAUUAAUCUGGUGGCCAGCUCCGUAAAACUCAUUCAUGCUAAUGAGUUAAGCAGCUAAAUCUCAGGGCUCCUUGGGUCAGACUAACUGCAAGCAUUCUACAAACUCCACACUGGAAGGGAGUGCGUCCAACGUCCAAUGGCGACAAACAGCAAGCUUAGUGAAUAUCAGAAGCUUUUCUUUUUUUUUUCUAUUAUUUUAUUUUUAAAGUAAAAUUAUGACAGGAGCUAUUUAAAAAAACUGGUAACUUAAUGAUAUUUGUAUGUUCUCCUUGGAUACACAUAGAAACACAUUUGCAGGUUUAUUUACAAAAGUGAAUUUCACAUUUAAAGCCAGAGUAGUCAAAUUGAAAACUUAGACUACUUGAGUUUUUCCUGUUUGACUUAUUUUACCUUAAAUUUGAAAUUCACUUUGAAUUCUCACUUUAGUGACUACUAUUUCUUUAAUACCAAAUUCUAUUGCCUUAAAAAAGCAAAUUUAGACUAACAUGGCAAAUGUAUCCUCAAAACUUGGCAGGAAGGAGCAUCAUCUAAGUGUUCUAUUAGCUCAAAUACCAAAGAUGGGAUCUAGCGUUAUUAUGUGGGUAUCCAACAAUAAAUUGACGCCCGCUCAGGAGAGCUAAUGGGAGCUAACGGGGAAGUCGUGGAGGUGGGAGCAGGCUCCAGCACACCGUUUGACUCCUUACAAUAGGGGAGCUCCAGGGAAAUCUUGGCACCAUCAUCACAAGAAGCUUUGAGUGUUCCUUUAACAUAAGAAGAUUUUGCCCUAAAACAGGCUACUUAGAAUAGACUUGGUGGACUACAACUACCAAAAUUCCUCUAGUUAAAUAGACAGGAAAAGAAUUAUGGUAUUUGUUGCCCAACAUUAUCUGAGAUGCCAGUGUUUGACGUGACAAAAUUAACCAGGUGGGCCAAUACUGACAUGAACUCAGCCCGGUCAUAUAUAGUAAAAUAUCAGCUCGUCACACGACAGUGACAACUUCUCAGCGGUUCUCCAGGGUUUGUGAGAGGGUUUCCUUUAUCCUCAGUGACCUAAACAAAAAACUGGCCAUCAAUGAUACAAUACCUGCAAAGAUAAAUGUAAAAUUUCUAUGCAUGUAUGCAUCUGUAAACUAUUUAUAUCCCUGCCUUCUAUGGAAUGCACUCAAUGUACAAAUGUAGAAAUUAUCCCUGAGAUAAAACUACACUUGGCAGCAGCAAUGCUUAUAAUAUUCUGUUACCAAAACAUUUAAACAAAAACAAGAUUACCUGCACACACUCUCCAAUCCCAAUGGCCAUUUUAAUAGGAGGACUUUAGUAGCACUGCAAUGGCCAUUGGAGUGUUAGCUCACCUGCCAACAUUAAGACAGUUCUUUUUGAGGACAAUAUAUGUUUGAAAGUGUAUAGCACUAACAGAAACACUGCCUUUUUACAGGUUACAAGCUUGCAAGGAUGAUUUAAUUUGUCAAGGGGACCCCACUUCUAGUGCAAACAGCUCCAACAGCUGUGUCACAUUCGCACAGGUGAGUUUUAAACAUUAUCUCAACACUGGUUAAACUAGAUGAGCCACGCCAUAUACAUUCUCUACAGAAUAGAUUCUGCAGGAGAUAAUGAGGGAGUGGAUUAGGAGUCCAACCAUCUGACACACUCUGUCCUGGAUACUGGCUAAUGUGCCCUCUUAGGAGACUCACGGCUUUCUACAUCAAAGCUUAAUUUACAAAAAGGCAAUUCUGUGUUUCUGUAUCACUCUGUUUGCAUUGGGUAUAUGCCGGUGAGAUAGCUCAGUUGGUAAAUUCCCUGACUAAAAAGCCUGUUUAAAAAUGCAUGGUCACAGGUUCAAAGUCCUGGCAGGGUCAACUCAGCCCUUCAUCCUUCAGAGGUUGAUAAAAUGAGUACCAUCAAUUGGCUAAUAAUAACAGCUGCCUUUUUGGUUAUUUCUGAGAGUGUCCACUGGGAGGAAGGCGCUAUAUAAAUACUAAUUAUUACUCUGAGUUCAACUUCCUUACAUUUCAUCACGGUAUGCAAUGUGCAUGUUCUAACCCCCCCCCCUCCAUAAAGACAAUUUCCCAGCCUGCAGUUUUUUCCCCCCAAAAUUAAUACCAUGCACUAUUACUUUUCUAAGAGUCAGAGCUGAUAGAUUGGCUUUUUAGGGUAUUAACAUCCCAGAAUCCCUUGCUGUGCUCAUUUAGCACACUGCAUAUGUGAUACGCUCAGUAGCCCUUCUGAAAAUUAAAGAGACAAUAAUCAUCAUAACCAGUGCAGCUUAUUGGGCAAGAAGCCUUUGAAUGUUGUACUCAUUCCCUUAUUAAUUAAACCAUUAUUAAGUAAUUUAUCAAAAACCUGGGGUGUAUGUUGCCACAGCAAAGGUUUUACUCCACAUCAUCGGUUCUUGUUUUGCUAGAAGCUGUGAGUUAGCACAGUGGAUGGAAUUUUAGAUAUAAAGCAGGAGUGGAUGUGCCCUUUGGGUACCAGGAGAGUCCCAUUUUCUCAUGCUUAACGGUUUAAUGUAAACCAAGAGAUGGCGACAACAGACUCUUUGACCUAUGAGCACUUCGUAAGCUGUUCUUGUUAGGAUACUAGCAAACCCCUUUACAGGUGGCCAUAAUUCUCUUCCUAGUUCAGCAAGAGAUCAUUGUAUAAGUUGCACAGUUUGGGUCUGCAGCAAGUGUUGAAAAUUCAAUGUAUGUAUGGAUUCAUAGAAUACUUUUUUAUAUAGCCGCCCUUCUUAUGGUGGAAACAAAUCAUUUCAACUGAAUAAAGGAUUAUUGUUAUUAGUACUGUGUUAACAUGCUUAAGAAUUUAAAUCACUAAAUAUGAAGUUUUAAACGUGGAAAAAAAAAAAAAAAUGUGCUCUCUUAAAAGGGACACUAUAGUCACCAAACAACUACAUCUUAAUGUAGGUGUUCUGGUGUCUACUGCCUGUCCUUGCAGGAUUUUUAAUGCAUACACUACCUUUUCAGAGAAGAAGAGGAGAAAGAAAAAAAAAAAAAACGUGCAUGGAGGCACUGAACACUCCUCAGAGAUGCAUUGAUUAAAUGCAUCUAUAAGGAGAUGCUGAUUGGUGUAGCGCUGCCUUUUGCCGCACAUGCGCAAUAGCCUCCCAAUGCAUUCCUAUAGGAAAGCAUUGCAUUGGCGGAGAUCAUCAAGUUUGAUGAUCUCAGCCAAGGGGCAGGUGAGCAGGGGCAAAACCAGCCACAAGAAGACACGCGCGACUCUGGAAAAAUGUUUAAAAAAUAAAUACCUUUUCUCUUGCUGACAGGAGGACUGGGGACCUAAAUGACGCUAAAAGAACUAUAGUGUCAGGAAAACAGUUAUUCCAGACACUACAGUGUUUCUUUAAAAAUAGAAGAAAAAUUAUGGAUGUUCAAAGAGCAAAGUGACUUAUGCUUUAUGGACAAUAUAUUAAAUGCAAAAUUGUUUUUGCUGAAUUUCCUAAUUGUCUCUACCCUUGUUCUCGGAGUUCAACACAAGAAUAAAACCAGUAUCUAAUACCAGUAACUUUGUUUCCUCUACAUACAAGCAAGCAAAUGUAGAGAUUUUAAUUUCAAGUUCUAAACUGUUGGAUCUUACCACACUUGUCAUUUAUUUGCCAUAGAGUUGGCAUAAACCUCUAUGCCAGAACAUUGAGAGACAAGAGAGCAGUAGAACCCUCUCCAAAAUAGUUCUGCUCUCGCACACAUAUUCCCCCGCAGGUGUUGCUUACAAAUAGAGGACGGAGUAACGGACGACACUCUCUUCUGACACCAAUGUGUUAGUAAGGCUGUAAUGUUCACUUCACAUCAGAGGAUUGCUCUGCUUGGGGAAGUGUCUUCAAAACAGGGUCAAUAACUGUGCAAAGGGGAACGUGUCCAUGAGAACGACAGAAGGGGAGCGCUACAUUAACGCAACAUCAACCGAUAGGAAGUCUAAAUAAAUAUUUUUAUUUUUUUUAAAAACAGGUGUUAAUCUGUUCAAUUACACAAACACUUGACAAACAAGCUGCUGUCUUGAAAGGCUUCGAAAUAUCUAGACUUGUGUUAUCACAGAGCGUUAAACCGUGAUUCAGUUUCAAGUUGACUGCUUCCACUCUGUGCAGAUCAUUCUGCGAUUCGUAAAAUAGUUUAGAUGAAUGUAAGAAUCUGGAAGGAAUAUUUAGAUGACAGAUGGUUGUUUUAAAGGUUUAUUGUUUCUUGUUUUGUAUAUAAACAAAGAAUCUUUAUUUCUAUCUCAGGCGUUUGCAUCAAGCAUGCAGUUGUGUGAUACUAUCUGGGAUAAUUCAUUUGCAACUGAGGAACAGCCAAACCUCUGCAUCACACCCAAAAACAGCUUGCCUAUUGAACCAAGAAGAGCUUUGCACAAGAGGGACAUCCAGAUGAAUCCAAGCAUUUCCGAUCUGGACAACACUGAAGAGGGUCCAUCUGGGUCAUCAGACCUUCAAAAUGACAUACCUAUGAAGAGAACGAGGAGAGCAUUGAUCAAGAGGAAUGUCGUUGAGCUUCCUACCACUCCUGAACUAGAAAACGCAGAAGAGGGUCCAUCUGGGUCAUCAGACCUUCAAAAUGAACAACCAAAAGAGAGACUGAGAAGAGCAUUGCAAAAUGUCUUCGAUCUAGACAACAUCGAAGAGGGUCCAUCUGGGUCAUCAGACCUUCAAAAUGACAUACCUAUAAAGAGAAUGAGGAGAGCAUUGUUCAAGAGCAAUGUCUUUGAGCUUCCUUCCGCUCCUGAACUAGAAAACGCAGAAGAGGGUCCAUCUGGGUCAUCAGACCUUCAAAAUGAACAACCAAAAGAGAGACUGAGAAGAGCAUUGCAAAAUGUCUUCGAUCUAGACAACAUCGAAGAGGGUCCAUCUGGGUCAUCAGACCUUCAAAAUGACAUACCUAUAAAGAGAAUGAGGAGAGCAUUGUUCAAGAGAAUGUCUUUGAGCUUCCUUCCGCUCCUGAACUAGAAAACGCAGAAGAGGGUCCAUCUGGGUCAUCAGACCUUCAAAAUGAGCAUUGCAAAACGAUCUUGACAAUAUCGAAGAGGGUCCAUCUGGUUCUUCAGAACUUAAAAACUCUCCACCAAAAGACAGAACAAGAAGGGCUUUGUACAAAGGGAGUGUCUUUGUGGAUCUUACCGCUUCAGAUACAGGCAACACAGAGGAAGGACCAUCUGGGUCAUCCGAACUUCAAAAUGUCCUGCCAACAAUGAAAGCAGGGAAAGUUUUGCGCAAGAGAAAUGUCUUCUUGGAAGAGGUUGAGGGAAGCGGUAGCAGUAUUUGAGGAAAGACAGGUUUUUGUUUUCUUCUACUUCAAAAAUGCCGAACAGCCAAGCACUAAUAGGGCAUUUACUCCCAGGUCCCUUCUCUCAAAUGCUUUCCUUCAUCAGGGUUCAGAAAGUCUUAAAUCAGAAUACAACAAGCUAGGGUCUCAGCAAGCACAAGUUUAGCCAGACUCUACAAUCUUUCAUAGCACACCCUGAACCAGCUUUAGGCAAAGGUCAUAUGAUCCAAGAUAUCCUUUGCAAUUUUCGUUUACAAGCUGGUAUUUAACAUCACUAUAAAGCCUACCAACAAAUUGCAUUUGUUUCCUUUCAAAUCAAAGACAUAACUCACCGUGCAAUCCUUUUCUGUAGGGAUUCAGGGGGGAAAAACUGAUUUUGCUACAUAUCGACUUUAUAUUUCUGUCAAUCAAGCCAUGUGGUGAAAACCACACAGACUAAUAAAUUUUAAAUUCUGAGUUCUAAAGUAUUUUGUGUGUAUAACAUUUUCUAAUUCCAUAGAGAACAUUCAAAAAAGUAAAUACACCAAACUUAUACCAAACUAAAUAGCCUAAUAAUGCAUUGUUGUAGCAGGCAUCCAUCCAUAUUGGCAUUCUUAGUCUUCCUCUAGAAAAGACCCAGCUUUAUUUAUCCCUUAACCUAAGUUUGUGGCAGUUCCUCAAGUUCUUUUUUGCAUUCAUAACAGAUGUAUUGAGCCUGAUCAAGAAACAUGCCCUCUACUUGACAUCGAGCAUGGCCCAUAAUUUCUAUACCCCUGAAUUAUAAAUAAAACACACACAUUAUACAAAAGAGUUUUAUUAAAGAUCCUGGGUGAUACAGAUCUUGUACAAAACUGGUAAUGACAAAUAGCUUCUUCCACCCCUGUGACAGGGAAGGAGGCAAAUUGGUUUUCCCCUGGAAGGAAAUGGACAGUUCCUUAGCCUCUACCAUUAUUUCAGGAUGAACGGUACUGUCAAAUCAUCACAAGAUGAAAGAAAACAACAGCCUCAUCUUAGUGGUAGGUGUAACAUAGAAAUAAAGCUCUAAGACAGAAGACACAUAGUUCUGAGUUGUUCUCUCAGCCCCAUGAUACACAAUAAGAGGAUCGCACCUUCAUGAAACUGAAACAACUGUUUAUGAUCAAGAAAAUAGAUCAGGAACCCUCCUAUUAACGAGAACGAACUCACAAAACACUACAACGGUUUUACAACUCAGACAGAGGCUCCAGAAGUCUCUCUUGGAAGAACCGGUGUCUUUUGGGUUUGACAGCUUCCUUUUGAGUUGUAAAGUAAGAGGACAGGACAGCCUGGGAUUUACUUGGCACACCAUCCUCCUCCUCAUCUGGCCUGGAAAAAAAUAAAAAAAAUUAAUCUUA